AUGAGUGGCGACGACAACAAUAAUGAUUGCAAUGGCAGAUAUGAUAGCCAUGAUGAUGGUGGCGGUGGCGGCGGUGGCCGCAGUAAGAUAGCUGUGGUGGCUAUAGUACCAAGGAUGAUGGUAGAGGCAAUGACAGUGGUGAUGGCAAUGAUGGUGGUGGAGGCGGUAGCUUUCGUGGUGGCUCUAGUGAACUCCUCCUGGGCCUUGGUAGCCUCUGCUGUCCGGAAGAUGCUCUACCUUGGUGAUGAACAAUUGGCACAAACCUGGAUUUCAAACAUAACCGAGAUACCGGAAGAAACAUUACGGCAAGCUCUUCAAGUAAUGGGAAAACUUCAUAAGAGUUCCAAUUUGUUGCAGAUAUGA